GGGGCGAUCAGUUGGCGGCUGAUUCAAACAGAGGAACGCAGGCUCCGGGAGCGAGGCAGCGUUAGAGCGUUGGAGUUCUCACUGCCCCAGUGCUGGUGAGAUUGAGUGGGCCUCCAGAGGACCUCGGAAGCUGAGGCGGCUGGUGCCUGAGGGGGAGAAUGGCGCUCUCGACCACAGUCUCCCAGAAGAAGCAGAUCAAGCGGAAGGCUCCCCGAGCCUUUCUGAAGCGCGUCUUCAAGCGACAAAAGCCUCAUCUUCGUCUGGAGACGUGUGCAGAUUUACUGGUUCAUUUGAACUGUUUACUGUUUGUUCAUCGAUUAGCAGAAGAGUCCAGGACAAAUGCCUUUGAGAAUAAAUGUGGAGUCAUUAACAAGGAUCAUGUGCUGGCUGCUGCAAAGGUAAUUCUAAAGAAGAGCAGAGGUUAGAAGUCAAGGAACGUGUUCUUGAAAAUUAUAUGAUGUGCCAUUUUAGGUGGUAACAAGUCAUAAAAGCACUUUUAAUGUAUGAAUUUGUACUGAUUAUUAAAAUAUUGACUAGAUAAGGAAUGUCUUUAUUUGUAUAUUUUUUUGCUGGCAUUGAAAUAUCUCAAACACAAAGGACUUUUUUUUUUUUUUAAAUCUAUUUUAAGUGAACUCUAGUUCUUUUUACUUGUUUUGUUGUUAUAAAUGUUUUAAAUAUCAACCACAAAAUCUUACUAUGUUAAGUAGCUUGAAGAGAUGCACUUCAUUGAAUUAAGUUUAUAUAUUUAGAUUUAUAUUUAGAUUUAACUGUGUAACAAAUUCAGUUCCUACAGAAGGCAAUAUGUGGUCAAAUCUAGGUGCAUUUUAAGUUUUUUUUUUUUCCAAUGCUUUCACAAAGCUGUACAAUCUCCUUUUUUGUUAUGUCAGUAGUGACAAUAUAAUUAUCUGAAGGAUUGUAAACAUCACUCAGGUUUUUUUAAAUAUCUCCAAACCAAAAAAUAGAAAUUCUGGAUCAAAUUGAGUUAUUUUCUUUAAAUUUGUGUGGAUUUAGAAGUUUAUUGCUUAUCAUACAAUAGUGUUUUUUUUUUUUAACUUUUUGAGAUCAUUAUAGAUUGCAAUGUCAAGCUGCAAAGAUAGUACGAAGAGGACCCAUGUACUCUAUACCCAUUUUUCCCAAUGGUUGUGUCUUACAUAAUUGUAGUAUAAUAUAUCGCAACCAGGAAUUUGUUUCAAGUAGUGUGUAUGUAAUUCCAUGCCAUUUUAUCAUGUGUAGAUUCAUAUAACUACUGUCACAGUCAAUAUACAGAACUAUUUCAUUACCACAAAAUCUUCCUGAUGCUGUUCUUCUAUAGUUACACCUGACUCACCAUGUCUUAUACCCUGGCAACAUAUCUAACUCCUGGCAAGUAGUAACUGUUCUCAUCUCUGCAGUUUUGUCAUUUUCACAUAAGAGAUGACCUUUGGAGAUUUUUUUUUUUUAACUUAGUAUAGUGAUUCAUUCAAGUUGUUGCAUAUUUUGUUAUUUCCUUUGUGUGCCUAAGUGAUAUUUCAUGGUGUGAAUGUAUCACAACUUGUGUAACCAUUCAUUUAUUGAAGGAUUGAAGGGUAUUUUGUCUUUUUUCCAGUUUGGGACUUUGA